AUGGAGCACACACAUUAUCCAGAGUCAGGAGCAGAUGGGCGAGAUGCCUUGAUGCGGGAGGAGAUCAGUACCUUCUACGAUUCAGAGGACAGCGAAGACGACCAUUAUUUGGACGACCCGAUCAAGUACGAUUUGUCAGUGUGGCUGGCAGAACUUGAUGAUGCCACCGACGAUGUUCCUCAAAUCCCGCCAGCAUUCAUAGUCUAUUGCCGAGAUCUUCUUGAGAAAGGAUGGGGAUGGCAAAGGCUGGUGCCUUACUGUCAUGGUAAUGUUGAUUGGACCACUUUUAAGGAAUACCUCAAAGAAUAUUUUAUCCAGAAUGCCGGUGAAGUUGCCGCUCUUUGUGCGAAUAAGAAGCCUGAGAAAGAUAAGGACUAUUUUUGCCGCAUUACUGGUGGUGUUAAAGUCAAAGACAAAAGCAUUCAUAGCCACAAUGUUUCUGGUUUUAUCCAGGGUGUUGUAGCUGAUAUGUUGCUAAUUAGCACCCAUCCACCAAUGCACCCUCUAGUGUAUAGAAGUCAAGAACAACUUUCGCUUCAUUCAUCAUCACCUAUUCACCUUCUCACUGCUGAAGAUAUCAUUCUGAGCCAGAAGAUCGAGGAGUGUGCAAAUUAUGUGAUCCAAUCAGCGGGUGUUUAUGCUAAUGCAGCAGCAGCCUUAGUGUGUAUCGUGAAGGAGACUGGCUUGUUAUCUGACCUGUUUGACUUUGUUGCCAAACCAGAGAAGCCUCGAGGCACUGUUGGUUAUCUGAACUACGCUUCUGAUAAUGGUGAUGUGAAUGUUGCUUCAGCUGUUUCCGAAUCAGAGAAGCCUCAAGGCACUGUUGUGGAUCUGAAAUGCGCUUCUGAUAAUGUUGAUGUGAAUGGCACUUCCGCUGGUGCCAAAUCAGAGAAGCCUGAAGGCACUGUUGGGUAUCUAAAUUGCGAAGUUUCGGAUUCAAUGGAACGAUCUAAAGGGGAUCUCAAUGAUUGCUGUGAAAUGGACCGUAAUGCCAAGUUCGGCUUCACAAUCAACAAGGAUCAUAUGCUUGAAGGGGAGCAUUUGGAUGCAUCUUACUUAUGGAAGUGUUCACCUGGAACAAGGUUCAAACAGCGGAUGACAUUCUAG